UUGCCCGCCAUUAGCCCUCUUUCAAUAAUGUCAACCUUCCUGUUUUAGUUAAGCCACUAAAUUUGAUCAAUUUCUUAUUUCUUCGGUGUUCCAAAGCUCGAACCACCCAUUUGAGUGGUCAGAGAGAGAGAGAGAGAGAGAGAGAGAGAGAUGGAAGGGCUUAUCAAGGGCUUGGCAGAAGUGGCUAUAGGGUUUCUAGCAGGAGAUCGCGAUGACCACCCCGAGCGCCAGUCGUCCCCGGGAGGCGAAGAGCGAUCUAGAUCCACUUGGGCUGAUGUGGUUUCGACCGGAAAGCACGAAGGUCAAGGGCAGGCGCAAGGUAGCAGCUAUGGUUACCCUUCUAACCAUACGUUUUCAAGAAAGGAUGAGGAAGCUGAGCAGGAGAGCAGUUUAGGGCAUAAUGCUUAUUCUUGGGAUUCAAGAAAAAAAAAGGAGGAUCUGGCUCAUGUUAAAGAGGAGAAGACAGAUGGUGAUUGGGAGGUUGUUGGCCAGGGCUCUCACAAUAAGAAGCGACAUCCUUCAGCUUUCCAUAAAGUUCCCAAGGAAAACUGGCAAAUGUUCAAGCUGCCUCCUAGUGAUCAGAUGUACACUAAUGCAAUACACUAUGGUGCAGACACUCAGCCAUCAAGAACAGAGCUUUCUGACUUGUCUGAAGCCUGUAGUAAGCUGUGGGAACUUGAUUUAAACCGCUUGGUUCCUGGAAAGGAUUACGAAAUUGAUUGUGGUGAGGGGAAAAGAGCUCACCAGAAGGGAGAUAUGGCAUCAGGAAGCUUGUUUAAGUGGCUGGGUGAUGAUGUGCUUAGGCGCUCUACUUAUGCUCGUUUCUGCUCCCUUUUGGAUAACUACAAUCCUCAAGAAGGAUAUAAAGAAGUUGUAACUCCUGAAGAGAGGCACGAGCAGACUGCAUUUAUUCAGGAGAUAGUCAGGACACCUCCAAUUAAUUAUCUGCACAAAUAUCUUGUUGAGAAGGGCAUUGUAUCUGGUAAUUCUGAAGAGUUUAAGGAAAUUUUGACUCAUCUAUGGUUUGAUCUUUAUUCAAGAGGAGGUGGACAUGGCUCCUCUUCUGCUUUUGAACAUGUUUUUGUUGGGGAAAUCAAGGGUCAUGGGGAAAAUGCUGUCUCGGGUUUUCACAACUGGAUUCAGUUUUAUCUGGAAGAAGCUAAAGGAAAUGUAGACUAUCAAGGCUAUGUUUUUCCCAGGAGGUACGGAGAGCAUGUGGGGUUUCUUGCGGCUUUGUAAGCCCGAGGGAACUGGGAGGCGAGCCAAGCAAGCAACGAAUGAGAGGAGAGACAAACCAUGAGAGGGAUUGCAACUUGGUGCAAGAGGAGCAUGUGAAUGGAGAGGCCGAGCGAGAGCAACUCUCGGGCAUCUUGUGCGAUUCAAAGGUACAUCAGAAGGAGAUUUUUUAUCGGGAGAGAGGUAAGUAUCUUUGCUCUUAAACUCUUCCAUUUGGAGUUCCUUUGAAACCGGCCAACGAGGCUAUGACAUCAUUGGGUGCCCGAUUUUUAGAAGGAAUUGAGAAUGUUUGAAGGUAGACAAAGAAGUAAUCUCAUGUGAUAUCUCUCAAUUGUAAUUUCUUUAAGACGUUUGCAUUCCUUUAAAAAAUUUAUCUAGAUCUAUGCUUUGUAAGCCAUUAUAAUUUUCUUGUGCAUCUUAAUAAAAGAAGUUAGCCCUCCCUCUUUCUCUCCAUAGAUGUAGGCACCCCUUGCCGAACCACUUAAAUCCAUGUGUUCUUGAUUCUUUUGGUUGUUUUUAUGAUUCUUUGAUUUACAUGUUUUAUGUUCAAGUUUGCAAGAUUCUUGUUUAAAGAUUUAUGUUCAAUCUUACUUACUAAUUUUGUCAAGAAGUUUGAUCCAUUAUUGUAAAUUGUAUAGGAUUUGGCUGAUUUUAGAUUCUUGUACAUAUUUUGGUAAGCAUGUUGGCUAGAUUCUCAUUUGUAUGUACUUUCUAAACUUCCACAGUACCUUCAGCUAGAACAUCCUUGAUAAAAUGCAAUCUGAUAUCAAUGUACUUUUUUUCCUUUCAUGAAAUAUUUGAUUCUUCAUCAGCUGAAUAACACUUUGACUAUCACACCAUAUAACCGAUUUUAUUUGUGUUCUCAAGCUCUUCAAGAAAUCAUUUCAACCAGAUGCCUUUUUUUAUUGCCUCUGUAGCAACUAUAUAUUCUGGCUCUACUAUUAAUAAAGCCACAAUUGACUGAAGAUUUAAUUAUUAACUGACUAUGUUUCCGUAGACUUGAAAGACGUACCCUGUCAAGGAUCUACGCUUGUGCAUACCUCUUGCAU